UCGAGUUUCAGAUUGGUAUUGUCCAGCUUGCAAAGAAAAUCGUUUAUCAGACAUGAGACAGUGCAUGAAAUGCCAAGUCUGGUACCAUGAGGAGUGUGUUGGUCUGACAGAAAGCGAAUUAAUUUUUGAAUACCCAGAGUCAAAGAAAAAUGUUCCUUUCGUUCCUAUUAGAAAGUUUUGUCUGGGUGAUAACGCCCAAGCCUUGAAGACUUUUUUAAACUGAGAAAUAGUUUUAAGCAGUAUAUUUUUGUUUACUUUUGUGUACCUUACACUGCAUUUCCCAUAGGGCGUUAAUGUAUACUACUAGGUGGCGCCCGAAAACAUCAUUUUUUUGAAAUGGCCUAUAAAGGCCCUGCGAUGCUUUAAGAGCUAAAAAAGGCUGAAAUUUGUAUUUAUUUAGAAUAAAG